AUCACAUGACUUUGAUUCUAGCGAGCCAUUUUGGAUUCCCGCAUUCAUCGUUGGCGUACAUGUUGUUCAGUUCUGACUUUACCGGUAAAAUUUAGAAAAUGGACAAAUUGGUAGUAGUAGGACUGUUUGUCACAGUUGUCAUAUUUUCAGCUGCUAGUGCGUCCAACGUUCCGGUUGUAGCUUGGUCGAAUACGAGGAGCCUGUUUGGUACUCGUCAGAUAUCUGCUGGUGAAGAAGUCGGCAAAGAAUCUCUGAGAAAUGACUUUGUGAAUCAUGUCAUUGGAGCAGACCAAAAGCCACAGACAAUAAUUCUGGUCUUGAUAAACAAGUUGAAGCUUGGUGAUCUCACUCGAUACAGCAAUGCAUAUGAUGCACAAAACCAAGGAGGAAUUAUUCCUAACAUCAAGAGCUCCAUGGAAAGUUCUGCAUCAAGCUUGGUUCUUCCCCAGACAGACACAUCUGACCUUCUUGAUGACCUGAUGUCAAAGGUCACAGGACUUAUCACAGAAAUCAGCAAUCCUGUAGAUGUACAGUCUCUUGCCUUAGAUUCUAAACAGACCAACCUUGUUAUUGUCAGAGUUGAACCCAGUGACUCUGUUGAGGAGCAGUUGAAGGCAGCUGAUAAGUAUGUCAAGAUUCUUAUGAAUAAAUUCAAUGGAAGAUCAACUCCAUUCACACUCUUCUUCACUGCUUCUCCUAUAUCCCAGGAUUCAUCUCAUGCAAGUGGGCGUCGUCUCCUUCAGGCCUCUGAUGGUGAUGCAGCUAAGUUUGCAUUUAUCAACUUCACAGAAGAUGGCUGUCAGUUGUAUUUCUUUGCAGCAAACAUCAAUGUGCAAUAUGUGAAAGGAGCAGAUGGCAAGAAGAAUGAGAGUGUGCCACUUCCUACUACUGGUUGGGUAUCCACAGGAUCAGAUUGUUUGACCAACAGAUCACUCAUCUUCAACUUGGGGAUUUCGGAUUUGGAAGGAUUGAAUGGCACUGAUUGGAUAGAAAGUGUGUCUUUCAAAGUGGAAUUUAACAUGACUGCAAGAGACUUCUGGUAUGUAAGCAAAAGUUCUAUCACUGCUCAACUAAAAGGACAAAAGGAGUUAACACACAUGGUUGAUUUACAUGAGUUAGAGACUCCAUUAGGAUGGUCCUAUCACUGUGGUGAUAUUACAUUUGUCAGCAAGCAGCAACCAAAUAAAACUGAUGAUAUGGUCAAUCUUAUUUUCAAGGAUUUCCAGAUUCAACCAUUUGGGAUUGAGAAUGACAAGUUUUCUCAAGCUAAUGACUGCAUAGGUUACUUCUCUCCAGCUAUUUGGAUGGGAAUCAUGACAGCAUUGCUUGUUAUUGCUAUCAUUGGUUUUGGUAUUGGUAUGAUGGCUACUGUCAAGGUUAUGGAUAAGUUUGAUGACCCCAAGGGAAAACAGCUCAUGAUCAAUGUUCCAGAGUCUUAAUGCUAUUCUUUCUCCUAUAGAUCAGUUAUAGCAAAUAGGGAUUUAUUGAAAAUGUGCUUGUAGCAUAGGGAAAAUGUAUUUGACCGAUCUAUGGUAUCAGCUGAUUAGCAAUAGAAUAGAUGAAAUGUAAAUGUCAUUCGGUUGGUAAAGAAAAAUGGUAUAACUUUUGAAAUACUAGAUGACAUGAAAGUAACUUCUACCUUUUCAGUUCAGAAAAAGAAGACAUCAAUGUAACACAUAUAAUUUUAUGUACAUGUAGGUAACCACAUUCCAAUAAUAUCAUGUGAUCAUUUUUGUUUAAUGUUAAGAAUGAAUUAGCUAGCCUUAAUUGUGGAAAAUUGUAUACUGUGGUUGAAAUUUAAUGUAAGGGCAGCAGAUCUUACCGUUUGAUGUUUUGAGCCAGUUUUACUACUAAAAGUUACACAACAAUGACUGACAAGGUGUGAUUAGAAUUUUCCUUGUUGACCUGUGAUGACAGAUACUCUUCUGUUGAUGUAUUAUUGUAUGAAUUUGAAAGGCAUGUCAAUUCUUAUUGCUCCCUCUUUAUACGUAGAUGACAUCAUUUGUCUUGGAUAUAUGCAACAUAUGAAAUACUUAUGCAAGUCUAGUUUUAAAUCAUGAGGGGGGGGGUCAUGAUAUUGAUGGAACAUUGAUAAAACAAUUUUGUGGGGUCUGGAAAUAUAAGGUAUUAAAAUAAGAUGACAUCUAAUUUGGUGCAUUAGAAGCAACACCUUGAGUUGCUGUCUUUAGGAAUUAACUGUUUUAGUUUAUUACACAUAACCAUUUAAUUGUCAUUGAUGUUCAAACACUGACCAUUGUUGUCUACAUAUUAUUGAUGGCAAAUAUCUUGAAUUCAGUUGUGCAAUUGUGAAAGAUAGAAUAAAAAAAAAUCAU